CCGCGUAAGUUAAUCAUCUAGUUAAAAUGAUUCUUAUUUUAUUUCAGGAUUUAAAAGAAAAGCUACUUUAUUCAAAAGCUUCUCUAAAUAAUCUCGACAUCUCUGAGGAGAAACAACUAAAGAAAGAAUUAGUUAGGGAAAAGGAUUCCAGAAAUAAAUUCCAGCUUCCAAGUUCAAUAAAUUUUGAUACUGGAUUUAAAAUAGGAACACCUGAUCACGAUGGAAUUGAAGCAAUAAAAAUUACCACUGUCGUAGAACUCAUGCGCAAUAAAACGAAAGACAGGAAAAUUAAUAAGCUACGAUCUAAACGAGAAACGAGUAGAUCCGUUUCGAUUGUAGCCAAUCCUCAAAAUCUGUCUCGGAAAGCACUGGCGACGACUUUAAUGAGAAAUUUUUACGGUUUUCCCAGAACUACAACAGAUGAACCACAAAAUUCAAGUGAUGCCAUUUCAAAUUAUGGUCUCAAGGAGAACAUCAAUUUUUAUGAGACAAAAUCUGUUCCAGUUCCUCAUCCAUAUUCAUUUCUUCCUCUACCCCUUUCAGCAUAUAACGAUUCGAUCGCCACUGAAGUCGAGGAUUUGAAUAUUUUACCACCUUUGCUGAGACAUGUGAAGAGAGUAAAAACCCAACCCGAUAUUCCUUUACUGGAAACAACCUCACCAAGACCGUUUAAAAUUAAAAAGCAACGACAAAUAGUGAAUAAACCAGAAGCUCCUCUACUGAAGGAGGCUACAAAUCUGACGUACAUAAAUAUUCUGGAUCAUCGAAAGAAUUUACUGAAUGGCUCCGAAGGAGGAACAGUUCCUGGUUAUCCGGCUGACAUUCCAUUUUAUAAUCCUGAUAUUAUACCGUAUGUUCACGUUCCUGAUUAUGCCGAUCAACGAGAGGAGAGUCUCGACAAAAAUGAUCCCCAUUCGGGAACUAAGUUCGCGGACUAUGACAAUCCGGAUUUCGUUGAUCCUACCGCCCCUGUUGACAAAGAAGCAGAAGCAGUGAAAGGAACGGACAAACUCAAAGUCAGUACUCAGACCCCACAGUUCGAUAUUCAAGAUUAUCGACCUGCCAAGGAUACUUAUGAGACCGAUAAGACGGAAGAAAUUCCGGUUCAUGAAACUCAAGAAUCUGAAGAUACGUCACUAAAACAAUCUCAAGAUUCGCAAACUCCGAAAGAGUCAUCAUCAUCAUCAUCAUCAGACGAAAAUAAACCUCCAUUUAGCUUCAAGGAAUUAUUUAAGGAAUUAAAUUUACCAUAUAAUGACGAUGAUGAAACAAAGGAACAGGAAAGUUUAAAUGAAAACAAAGAAGAAGAUGAAGGAAGUUACUAUGGCAGGCAAACAGGAACCAAAGAAACUUCAAGUUCUGAACAUUAUUCCUCGGAUGAAAAAGUUGACAAUAGUGAUCGUGAGAAAUCAUCUGAGGUAGGUGAUGAUGAUCAUACAAAUGAGGAUGCAAAGUUAAUAAGAAUCACUGAUGAUGAAUUUAAAUACGGUGAUAAGGACUUUUUUAAACCAUUCUUUGAGAAUUCGGGUGAAAUUAGUUCACACGAAUAUUAUUUUAAUGAUAGUGAUGAUAAAGAAGAUGAAAGUUCCUAAACGAAUAGUUUUUAUUUAGAUUUUGGUUGCACUACUAGUGUCAUCUACUGUUGUUUAAUUUU